AUGUCUUCCAACAACAAUAACUCAAAUAGCAAGAAGGGUAGAAAGGGUCGCCGGGGCCCAAACCGCGACGGACGCCAGGGCCAGGGCCAGCCACCUCAGCAGCAGUACUCUCAACCGCAGUAUGGUCAGCAAGGGCUCCCGGGAGGCCACUUCACCCAGCCAAGUGGCGCUCCAGCUGGGCCUAUGAACCCCAAUGCGUCGGCCUUCCUGCCACUACCUGCGUCUUUGCCGAGGAACCCCUUCCUUCCUCCACACGCCCCGGACAUAGUGCCAGCGUCGCUAAUCACGCAAGUCCGAGCCAAUAGCCCAAAUGACUUUGGUUCAACUCCGUACGUGCCUGGACAGGGCCUGCGUUACCGACCUGCGAAGCAAAUACAGCAGGCCAGAGCCCCCAAUGCCCCUCCAGCGGCUCCUUCCAGCCGGCCAACUGCACACCAAGGUGCUUCGCAGGGCAGCCCGUUGCCACACGAUUGGGAGAAUCAGGAUCAGAACCGCAACCUGGGUCAAGGCCAAGGCCAGAACCGGCACCAAGAGCAGCCUCCUCCUCGCCCGCAGCCUGACCAACAAACACCGCAAGGCUCCCGACCACCCACCCCCAUCACUGACCCACGAUACGUCCACGCCUGGGCCCCAGCAUCCACCACCUCCGGCGGCAGCCAGCGCGGAGGCUCCGUAGCUACCAGCCGUCCCGCAUCAUCCCACAAUCCCCCACAACCGCCUGCCAAUCUCGUAGACCUCUUCAAGCCCGCGCCCCCACAGCCUCCUACCCACCUCGCGAGUCUCUUCAAGCAGCCCCCCUCGACCACCUCAACGCCCACAAACACCACCACCAGUAUCCGCCGCUUCCUCGAAGAGCCCGGCCGCGUCGUCUACGAGCAGCAGUACCCAGCUCUGCGUGAGCUGAUCAUGCGCUUCAUCGCGUACGCGCAGCAUGACCCCACGGGGCCUACGGGAAUGGACAGGGUGGCGAUGCUUCGGGUUUAUGCACGCGGACUGAGGGAGCCGGAGGUGGCGCAGAGGCUGGUGUAUGCGGUGAGGGGGCGGACGGACGAGGUGGAGGAUGCGCUACUUGUGCGGGUGAUUCAGGAGGAGAGGGAGAGGAUGAUUCGGGAGGGGGAGGGGCAAGGGGAGGGGGAGGUCAAGAAAGAGGAGGAGGAGCGUGAGGAGUAG